AGCCAUAUCCCGCACCCAGAUCCCUUGCUUAGUUUGCUUUUGCUGCUGUCUGAUGAUGUUUGUUUCUGUUACACUUUACAGAACAGAGUAAACAGAGUAGACAACACAACACAACACUCUCUUCUUAGAUUCGUUGUUUCUAUGGCGGUGUCUGAUGCAGUGGUGAGCAACAUGACCACAGUCUUUGUGGCAGUGAUCGCGUGUAUUAAGGUCUAUGGGUUUGUCUGUGGGCGAAGCUUUAGCGGCGGGUUUGUUGUGAUUGUGUCGACCACCGUGGUUGGUCUGAUCCUGGUGGCAACGCUGACGUGGGACCUCUCACGUAAAGCCACGUAUGCCUUCACACGUCACCAUCAUAAUCACGCACAUGAGAUGUGCAAAGGAGGCAUCUGCUGGCACGGCGUGGCCGUUCGAUCGCCAGCUUCUCAGGUCCGUUUCAGACUUCCUCAGCAGAUUCCCUACGGUGCUUUGUGACAGGUUCUUCAUAAUUAAUAAUUAUAUUAAUUGGUAAAGAUAGAAAACAGUGAGAGAGAGAGAGAAUAAAAAAUAAAGAAAUGAAAAAGACGGUUAUAAUUGAUUUUCUUCCCCACUUGUAAGUUAUACAAAAUUUUCUCUAGGGUUGUUUUUGUAUUUGAGUAUAAUAAGCUGCCUAAACCUUUACCCAAUAUCAAAAGGGCACGAGACGCGUGUUUGGGGUUCUGGUUGAGAAUGAAAUAUGUGUAUACUCAUACCUUGUAAUAUAAUAUGCUUAUCGGAUAU